AUGUUCCUAGACCGCCAUGACCGUCGCCGUCCUUUUGCGGCUUGGAUGCGCCGCCUUGCCAGUCUCAAAGCCCUGCAUGUCGACUCCAACGAUGCUGCUGAAGGCUCCCGUCGAUCCAACAUGAAUAUGAAUAGCAAGUCUAAGAAGGGCAACGCUACGAAGAACAACCCUUAUUCUCUCUCAUCGCGUCCAGACCCUGCCAACAAUCCCCACGUUUCCCUCUCGACUCCCCUCUCCUCCCAACGAUCUCGACAAAGUUCAUUAUCCCAGAAUCAGCACUCGAUCUCAGUGUCCCAUGAUGGCCAGAUCCAACCCAAGUCGAGGGCCCCAACUCUUGCUACAAACGCCGAAACUAUCAUGUCUGACGUCGCACCUUCAGGCGUGGGCACCAGCGCAACUGCUGCAAGAACAGAAGGCGGUCGGGACAGUACUUUCUCAUCGCCAGCUCCUUCAGUGCGCUCUUUCGCCACUACUUUGACCACAGUACAAUCUAUUGCUCCACCGCAUCACAAUCCCGCCGCGCAAGCUACUUCCCAUACCUCGAACACAAGCCAUCCUACUUCGUUUCAUCUCCAACCUGCUACUGCCGUACCCGCUCAUCUUGCUCCUCAUGGUCAACCCACUACAUACCAGUCUGCCACAGCAAACAACGUCCUGACCGACGAUGCCUCCAUUCUUACACUUGCUUCUUCAUCAAAGCGCCGCCGGCGGAAUUCAGUGGAUACAAAUGCUUCCAUGAAAGCUCUAGCCCCGGCAUCCAUGUUCGGUGGAAGUCGAGAAUCCCUUCCUUUGUCUGUCUUGUCAGGCACCAUCAUCUCUCCAGGAGGCGAUAACGUCUCAUUGCGUGAACCAGGGACCUCAACUUACCCACGCUCAAUGCUCAAUGCAGAGCGCGCGUCUCUAAUUUCCACCUCCGGAAUUACUGCUCCGGCGUUGACUAGUGAACGAAAUAGUUACAUUGGCAGCAAAUAUGGCGAUGCUGCGAGUAUUCGAAGUGGACUACUGGGUGCCCAUGGUCGUACCGACAGCAUUAGUGGUAGCAUCGGGGGAGGAAAGGAACCUCGCGAGAAGGAAAAGGACAAAGAUCGUGAUGGUGUAAUGGUCACGGCUCCAACUAGCCCUUUACUCGACGGUCCAGGAACAGGUUCAAAUUAUGUUACAGCCUUGGGGGAUGUGUCCGAGGCUUUGGACAGUGAGAAGAAGAGAAUGGAAGAAUGA